ACUGCGACCCCAAGACAAGUCGCCGCGUUGUAUUCUGGGAACACACAGUAGAUGCAAGAUGGCGGCGAGCAGGAGACUGCACAAGGAACUUGAAGAGAUUCGCAAGUCUGGAAUGAAAAACUUCAGAAACAUUCAAGUGGAUGAAUCCAACAUACUGACCUGGCAAGGUCUCAUUGUCCCUGACAACGCUCCUUAUGACAAGGGAGCUUUCAGGAUUGAAUUAAUCUUCCCCGCCGAGUACCCCUUCAAGCCCCCCAAGAUCACGUUCAAGACGAAGAUCUACCACCCCAACAUCGACGAGAAGGGACAGGUGUGUCUGCCUGUCAUUAGCGCAGAGAACUGGAAACCAGCAACCAAAACUGACCAAGUAAUUCAGUCCCUGAUUGCGUUGGUGAACGACCCCCAGCCAGAGCACCCCCUGAGGGCAGACCUAGCAGAAGAAUACUCAAAGGACCGGAAAAAAUUCUUUAAGAACGCAGAAGAGUUUACAAAGAAACAUGGAGAAAAGAGACCAAUGGACUGAUUACCUGACCAGUUUGUAGCCCUCUCUCUCUCUCUCCUCUCCCCAACUGAAAGUCUCUGUUCUCCUCCCUCCUCUCUGUACCUUCCCCCUCUCUCCUCCCCAUCUCCCCACACACACACACACAUCAUCCUAGCAGCCCGGGAGCAGCCCUAGCCUCACCUCCGCGUGUGGCUGCAGCCCCACCAUCUUCGCAGGACUCUGGAUCAGACCGGUUUCUCCUCCUGGCGAUCGAUCGAUCGAUCCGCUACUAACUUUAUACUAUUUUCUUAAAUUAAAAUAUGAAAAAUGAAAAAGACAAGAAAAAAUAAGUGGUUAGAAUGUCCAUGUUAAAUAUGGAGAACUAAGGAGGGAAAACAAAAUAGAGGGAGAAAAAAAAAAUGUUUAAAAAAAUUGGGGUGGGGAAAACAAGAAAUCACUGCUUGAGUAUUGUAGACCUUUCUCCUCACUUCUGGAAGGAGAUCUUUCUGACAGAAGGAAAAGUUGUGGUUAUCCUUUACUUUCUUUGUUCUGUUCUCUAGUCUCAUCUUGUUUUCUAUCAACCCUAAAUGGCAUGUCUUACUGAAACAAACAACCUCUCUCUCAUAGCUUGCUAGGCCCUGGAAGUGUGUGCUGAAAUGUUUUCCCUUGGACUUCUCUGCUUCUGAAGUUGCACUGUAUUCUGUGGAACAAGCCCUCUCUCAGUUGUCCUUCCCCUCGGCUUGAAGCCAGCCCACUGAGCAGACAGACACAAAAUGGCCACUGAUAAUACCCUAAUAUUGUAAUGAAUUACAAGUGCAAUUGACCGGAGAUGAUCAUCGUUCACACUCCCCUUCACCAGUCCAAAAUGUUUUGAAAGAUGCCCCUCUUUGCAUUAGAUGGUCUUAUUCUUCCUUCUGGUUCGUUUUUUUUGCUUUAUAGGCAGAAGUGCCAUUCCGACUUAAAACAUCUCCCUCUUGUGUUAUAAUGUGGUUGUAUACCCCCACCCACUGGUUCUACCGUUCCCACCAUGCUGUGUGUCUUGGGUUCUAACUUUUCUCCUAUACACAUUUUAGAUACCAGUUUGCCAUCUCAAGACAGUGGGAGGUAGAAAUAGUAGUGACACCGUACAGUUUGUUUCCUGUAAAAAGCUCUGCAGUGGCCACACAACAUUUACUGAGAUACAGCUUCUAAAGCCAGGGCAUGUAUACUUCCUUUGCAGAGCUGUUGUCAAGGAAGUGAGUUUGUGUUUAUACAGGACCUCCCACCCCCCCACUUAAUAUCAACCAAUCAGGUCAAUGCGGAGCUAUAAGGAACUGUUACAACAUUUGGGUGGCGCGCGGUGAAUGCGGUGUGGAGCUCAAUUUGGCCUCUGCGUGGCUCCACAAUUGCAUCACACCCUCCAUACAGCGCCUCCGACCAUCUUUUCGGAAUCAAGCAUAAAUUGGCUUUAAGUCUGCUCUCCUGUCUGCUCAUGGUCACACGCAAAAUCAGAACCCCACCUUUGUCACACGCAAAAUCAGAACCCCACCUCCUUUCUCUCUCUCUCUCUCUCUCUCUCUCUCUCUCUCUCUCUACAUAAAAAUAAUCUUAGCACCGCAAACCAAAUCUCGUGUCAUCGCGAGAGACUUGACAUGAAUAUAUCAAAUCAGUGGCCGAUAUAUCCACUGUAACAAGGGACUUAGUGAACUGUCUGUCGGGGCAAUGCCAGGUGGAGUCUAAAGACCGGGUUGGGGCGAAAAUGGCACCCUAUUCCUUACAUAGUGCUGUACUUGUAACCAUAACCCUGUGUGUCCUGGUCAUCAGUAGUGCGCUAUAUAUGGAAUAAGAUGCUAUUUCAAACACAGACUGGUUUUGAACAGAGACGCACAGAGACUGUUAUAACAGGCGCCUUUAUAUUGAGCUGGGAGAGGGCUGUCUCUUAUUGUUUAUAUUGAGCUGGGAGAGGGCUGUCUCUCUAAUUGUCUGUCUGCCAGUAGGGUGUAAAACAGGACAGGGGACUGGAGCAGUGUAACAGCUGUGUGAUUUGGUCCAAUGUUUCAUAAUAAAGAUGGCUAACCAUUUGG